AAGCACCCUGGAGCUCAAAGAGGCCCCGGGGAUGACGGACUCGGCGGAUGAGUCCGAAUACCAAGAAGAUUCGGAGUCCGAAGAGCUCUCCGACGAGGGCAGCGACGAGGCUGACUCCGAGCCAGAUGAUGAUGAAUUGGAAACGCUGAAGAAACUGAUGUCGGUGAAUGAUAAGAGUUUCGAAGACCUCGAGCUCCCCCCUAAGGUGGUAAAGUCGACCCAAAAAGCUUGGGAGACAUUUGUGAGCGUCUUCGAGCGCCGGGAGGGCGCGGCAGAUUCACUGUACGGCGCCUUCUUCGAUGCGGCCCCCAACUUGCAGGGCAUGUUCCGGGC